AUGACGUGGUGCCGGGUGCGGUCCGGUCCGGUAGCUGCCGCGGUAGGUCCUUCCGGCGUCGGGGGUAUCGAAGGCGGUGCGGCUGCGGGCGUAUAUGCUUCUCCUCCCGAGCUGGAGGCACUUGCGCCGACGCUAAACUUUCAAAAUGCUAACGAAAAAACUGGCGCCGUUCCAAGGCAUCUUCUUCUUGCGAUAAGGAACGACGAAGAAUUGGGGAAACUUCUAAGUGGAGUCACAAUCGCUCACGGUGGUGUUUUGCCUAACAUUAAUUCUGUUCUUCUACCUAAGAAGACUGCAACUAAAUCAACCGAAGAAAAGGCGACCAAAUCUCCAGUCAAGUCUCCCAAGAAAGCUUAA